AUGGCCCCGGGGCUCUCAAACGCUUCCGAGAUUUUUCGGGAGCAAUCAACAUUUUUAAGCAACCGCUGCGCCCUCAGCCCCCGGCGAAGCGACCUGGAAACUCGCAGUGGGCAGUGGGCAGGGACAGCAGCCAAGGCCGUCCUCUCAGUGGCACCGAGCCAGGACGGCGCCUGGUCUGAGCAGCUCUCAGACAACUGCAGCCUCCUAGAGCUGCCCCCAGAGGUAAACAGCAGAGACCAAGGCUGGGCUAGUGGAGAAAAGGGGUUCCCCGUGCCCGUCCCACGGGAGGCUUGGGCAGAGCCCCGGGGCCUUCAAGCAGCCAAAGCCAGAGCCCAUGCCCCAGCUGGCCGCAUCAGCAGCCCGUACAUCAGGCCAAAGGCCCCGACCCCAGACGCCCGCCCCCCCAGCCCCUCCCCAAGCCAGCUGGAAGCUCUCAGUGGGCCGUGGACAGGGCUCUGGACCAUCUGCGGGGAGUGGCGAGGGGAAGAAAACACAGAGCAACCGCUGUCCCCUGAGGAAGACAGCAACAACAGCAAGCUGUCAGAGGAGGACGGGGAAGGCGUCCAGAUCUACACCAUCUGGGUCAAGCCCUCCCUCCUGCCAGUCCUGCUGCAGCCUCAGACCGCUAGCCGGGAAGGGCCCCGAUGCGCCUGCCUCAUCUGCGCAGAGGCGGCCCAAGAGGCAGGCGGGGACCCGCACAGCGCCUCUCCUGCCCCGGCGGGUGGCAGGCACAGCCAGCCAACAGCCGCUGCCCCGCAGCGCCCCAGAGGCUGCUGCCCCACCGUGCUGGACGCGCUGCAGCGCGUGGCACGUGCCACCCUGAGCAGGAUCGCAGCUGUGAUCCGGUGCUGCGGCCAGCAGCCAGGGGCAGAGCGGGACCUGGCUGGAGGCAUGGAUGCAGCCAUGGUGGCAACAGCCCCAGCAGCAGGGGCGGAGAGCCAGGCAGCUGCCCUGCACAGCCCCUGCGGCUCCCCCAGCCCCUCGCCCAGCCAGCUGGAAGCUCUCAGGGGGCAGAGCCAGCAGGGGGCCUGGUCUGAGGACGAGAGCCUCUGGGACGUCUCCAGCCUCUUAGAGCGCUGCCAGGGGCAAGAAAGCACACAGCAAAGCUGCAGUACUGGGGCAGCCAGUAGCUCUGGCUCCCUCCCGUGUGAGCCAUGGCCAGAGCCCUGCGACACGUCAACGUCAUCAGACACAUCCACCGACUGAGCUGCUGGGGG